ACUGAACCUUAAGCCUCGUUAAUAAUCAGACUGCUCGACAUGAUGAGUUUGCUAAAAGACGUCAGCAUCUGAUUUCAGAUAAGCAGUGUUGUGAUGUGUAAUGGAUGUGAGCAUCUUAUCUGAUGUGUGUUGAGAACAGGGAGGUUCAGAAGGCAGUGAACGCAGCACAGAGCCUCCAUCACAGGUGGAGUGAGCUGCUGCAACAGGGGGGUGGAGCCUCCAAAGAGGAAAUGGACUGGACGACCAAUGAGCUGAGAAACAGUCUGCGCUCCAUCGAAUGGGACCUGGAGGACCUGGACGAAACUAUCAGCAUCGUUGAGUCAAAUCCUAAAAAGUUCAACCUGGACACUGGCGAGCUGUCGAAAAGAAAAGCUUUCAUCACCAGCACUAGGCACACAGUUAAGGAAAUGAAAGAACAGCUGUCGAGUCCAGCUGCUGCAUCUGUGGACAGAACGAAAACACAGGCUCUUCUGGCUGAGUGUGGUGCUCGAGGUCCAAUGUGGCAGCCUGGUCCUGAUAAAUACAUUCGACUGGAUCAUCAACUACAGAACGCGAACGCUCAGUUUAUUGAGGGGCAGCAGGUGCAGCAGCAGCUGAUAUCUGAGCAGCAGGAUGAACAGUUGGAACUCGUGUCAGGAACGAUCGGAGUCUUGAAGAACAUGUCAGAGCGGAUCGGGAUGGAGCUGGAUGAGCAGUCCGUGAUGUUGGAUGACUUCGGUCAUGAAAUGGACAACACUCAGUCCAGACUGGACAACGUCAUGAAGAAACUGGCCAAAGUGUCUCACAUGACCAGUGAUCGUCGUCAGUGGUGUGCUAUCGGAGUGUUGCUCGCCAUCCUCUUUGUCGUCCUCCUCCUCUUCUUCAUCCUCUGAUUUCAGCUCCAAAUUCAACUAAGUCCUGUUUCUACUGGACACUACACUGGCCCUUACUGUUUUGAACUGGACUUAACUGGUCUCUACUGGACUAGGGUUGGAUACCGUUCACAUUCAAAUCGGUACUGGUCCCUGUACCUGGAAGUCUGUACUGGUACCCGUUGGUACUUUUUUUCGGUACUUUACUCUCACUGUAUAACUUGUCCUGCACAGAGAAGUUCGUGCUGCAUACGCUACGCGACAAAAUUUCAGUAUAAAUGCUUAUAGAGAUAAUGUUUGUCCUGGGUUCAAAUUCAUCACUACAAACGAUUGAUUACUAUAAAAGUUGUGUAGCUUCUGUAUGAUGGACCCAGAACCUGAGGGAGGUCACGGGACACACACACACUGACUGACUGACUGACUGACUCCGCUGCCCACCUUUCACUUUCUUUCCAUUCUUUCUCUCUCUCUCUCUCUCUCUCUCUCUCACUCACCUGACGUCUCUGACCUGCGACAGUUUCAACGUUGAUUUGUUUGAAAUGUCGCCACAAUAUCAACACUGAUCAAUACUUUUGAGUUAAAUCAUUCUUCAUCUCUCACACUGACACACACAGUGUCAUCAGACAACUUAAUUGGUACCGGGUAGUACUGAUGUAAUUUGGUCAGUUCCCAUUAAAGUACAGAUUUCCGUACCCAACCCUACUCUAUACUGGUCUCCACUAGUUUGAACUGGACUCUACUUGACUCUUCUGAACUCUUUAAUGCCAGUUUGUUGAGUGUGAAAUUGUUAGUCUGAAAAUAAUGUGUUAACACUAAAACUGUUUGUGUUAUUGUUGUUUACAGUUUGAUUUUGUGGAUUUUAAGUGACUGAAACAUUUUAUUUUUAUCUCAACACUUUAUUUUGAUUUUACUUUAUUUAAGUUGUUUUAUUUUAUGUUCCUGUUAUGUAUUGAUCAACACACACAGUUUAUUGACUUUCUAGUGUUAAACUACUCGUAAAUGAAACCAUGCACUUCCUGCAGCUCCUUCACAAUAAAAGCCCUCAGGGAAUCAUUGGAAGGCUUUUAUUGUGAAUGAGUCUUCAGGGUUUGAAUAAAAUGGCUGACAUGAGGUGAACAGGUGCUACAGAUCACAUUGUUCGACACAGGGUUUCAAUUACAUGGUGGCUUAUGGCGAGCCGUAUUUUCCAGUGCAGUCCAGUACUUGACAUGUCAUGGUAACUCUGAAAAUAAUCCUACUGUUAUUCCUACAGGGAGUUAAUACCGUCAAUAACAUUUCAAACAGGCUCAAUAACAACAACAUAACAUAAAAGCAAUUCAUUUAAUUGCCUAAUCAGAGCAAACAAAAAAAACAAUCACAAAAGCAGGAGGACACAGGAAACAGCUUUCUGCUUCUCAUACAAACUACUUCAGGAACAAUACCUGAACAACAUUGCUGAGCAUUAUUUAGAAAACCUGUUUUUAACUACAACAAAAUAAAAUCUCCCUCUGUCCCUCUG